AUGGCGGCCGCGGCUCAGGCGCUGAGCUGCUCGGGGCUGCUGCUGGCCGCCGCCGCUCUGGCUCUGCUGGCCGUGGCCAUCGGCACCGACUCCUGGUACGAGACGGACGCGCGGAGGCACCGCGAGCGCUGCCGGAGCUUCGGGCACAAGCGCCACGCCAACAGCGACCCUCCGGGCUCCAUGUCAGCGCCCAGCCCGCACCUGCCCCUCCGCGCCCGCCCGCCGCGGGCCCUGCUGCCCGGCCGCGCUCCGCCGCCGGCCACGCUCGCCGCCGCCGCCGCCCUGUACCUGGAGUCUCCCUGCGGCCGCCGCUUCAACUCCACCGUCUCCGGCCUCUGGCGGCGCUGCCACCGCGCGGGCUUCGAGCCGGAGAGCGAGGAGCUCAUCCAGAAAGGGGUCAUUCAGCGUUGCACAGCUGUGAAGUAUCACUACACCUCCUCUUCCCUGCCACGCAACUUGCCUGUGAAUGUUACCAACACCAUCCGCCAGGAUGAAUGGCACGCUCUCCAUCUGCGCAGAAUGACGGCCGGUUUCAUUGGCAUGGCAGUUUCCAUCAUCCUGUUCGGCUGGAUCAUUGGCAUGCUGGGCUGCUGUAAACAGCAUGAGCUCAUGCAGUAUGUAGCUGGACUGCUCUUCCUUAUGGGAGGGACCUGCUGCAUCAUUUCCCUUUGCACAUGUGUGGCUGGGAUAAACUUUGAGCUAUCUCGUUACCCUCGCUACGUCUAUGGGCUACCAGAGGACAUCAGCCAUGGCUAUGGUUGGUCCAUGUUCUGUGCAUGGGGCGGCCUGGGGCUGACACUUCUGGCAGGAUUCUUAUGCACACUGGCCCCAUCUCUCAACACCCCUCGGACUGUUGUACAGAAACCCAGACAGGAAAAUGGUGCUGUGUGA